CUCCAUCUCCAUCUCCAUCUCCAUCUCCAUCUCCAUCUCCAUCUCCAUCUCCAUCUCCAUCUCCAUCUCCAGCUCCAUCCCCAUCUCCAUCUCCACCCCCGAUCAUCCAUCCAUCUCACAAACCUUCACAAAUCUCACCCACCUCCACAAUCACUCAAACAACCUCACCACGCACAUCACUGCACUCCACCACCCCCGCCAUCAAAAUGCCACAAACCCGCCCCAUCCACCGCGCCCCUCACACCUCCACACCCGCCCCAGCGCACUCCUCCCGCUCCAAGAAGCACAAAACCAUCUCCACCGCCUCAAUCCUGAAGCGUAAACCCAUGGCAGCACUCUACACCCACCGCCGCCGCCACCGCCACCGCGCCUCUCACCACCGACACAGGGAGAAGAGUGGGCAUCCUUUGAUGAGGGAUUAUCAGGAUGAUGUAGCGAAAUGCCGGGACUCUGCUGAAUCGAAUGCUGCAGUGGCCCUCUCCGACGCCCACGCCAAGCUCGUCGCAAAGGUAGACAAAAUCAAAUCCUCCAACACCACCACCCUCUCCACCCUGCAAACGCAAUCCGAAGCCCUCCUUGCGCCACUGGAGGAGACCGAAGUUGACACCGCCACCACUGGGAACGCCGAGGUGGGCAAACAAAUCGAAAUGUUCCGAGCACAGCUUGCGGCGGGGGAGAAAGAGUUAAAACAUCUAUGGGAACUAUGGGACGAGGCGCAGGGGGAGAUCGAGAAGCUGGGGAGGGAGGGGGCAGGGGAUAUGCUGAAGGGGUGGGAGGAGGAGGUUAGGGAGAGGAUUGGGGAGAUGGAGGAGGAGGCGGGGGAGGCGGGACGGGAGGCGGUUAAGGCGAUGGGGGAGGCUGAGAAGGAGAUUGAUAAGAAGUUGAGGGAGGAUCAUGAGAAGCUUGUUGCGACGAUGUUUAGGGGAGAGUAG